AUGGCAACCAUCACUUCAAAUAAUUAUGAUAUCUCUACCACGAAUCUUGAUGCACCGUCCAUAGUGCUUAUAAAUACUGAAAAUUUUAAUAAAAUUAUAAAGGCACUUCUUGGAUCAAAUGAAGAUGGACCUAUUUUUAUUAGUGAUGUUUCAGAGGACGAAAGUGCUCAAGAAGAAACCACGGAACUAAUCCAGCCAUUGAACGGAAUGCGAAUCUCCGAACCUGGUACGGCAGAAAUAACUAUCUCGUCGCAUGCUAAAGAAAAAGCACUGUACAGUCCGUAUAAUUACUCUGAAGAAUAUCUACUCGACAACCAUCUUUUUUGGCUUCAACCAAACGAAGUCGCCUUUAAUACUGAUGUUAAGCCCAUAAGUUAUCCUGAUAAAUACGAAUUAAAACAAUUACACUUGGUUACUAGACACGGAGCAAGACAGCCAGAUCCAGUUAAUAUUUUUUCUUAUGAUACAUUGGAAAAAGUAUUUGCUAAUGUUUCUGUCGCAAAAGAUUGGUAUAAAAACCCUUUCUCCUUGGCAAAAAAUUACCAGUUGGUCAAAAGAGGAGAAAUCGAACCUUAUUUUGCUGGUAUACGAUGUCGUAAAAGAUAUGCAAAAUUUUGGAAUGGAGUUAAAUAUGAUCCGGAAGUUAUAAAAUUUAAAAGUACUCAAACUUCGAGAACUGGUGCGUCAAUGAUGGCCUUUUCUGAAGGAUUAUUUAAUGGCAUUGGGCCUUUAGACUCUUGUAAAAGCCAACCAAUAUACUAUUCGACUAUACCAUUGGACCAAGAUACUGAGUUGGCUCCAUUUCUCGCCUGUCGACGUUGGAAUCAGACCUGUUGGACCAAUAAUGCAAAACGAAGCGAACAAAUUUUUGCUUAUGGCAACAAGACUUUGGCACCAAUUGCCGAACGACUUACUAAAGAAUACGACAUCAGCCCACCUCUUGAUCCACAUCUAAUACCACAAAUAUUUACCGCUUGUCAAUAUUGGAUGACUGUUUUUAAUCGAACCGACGCAUGGUGUUCAUUGCUAAGUCCAGACGAACUUUUAUUAGCACGAUAUUAUUGGGAUAUGUAUGGAUAUUAUACAAACUCAUAUGGUAGUCCUCUCGGUACGCAAUUAGGUUGUAGAUUUUUGACCCAACUUGUAAAUGGGGUUGAAGAAUAUUUAGAUGGAAAAUCUGAAGCGAUUGCUCACCUAAAGGAAACUCAUGGUUUUACUAUUCUUAUACUUCUUACUACAAUGGGAGUAUUUAAAGAUGAUUACCCGCUCACGGCAGAUUUAACCUUUGAACAAAUUAAAAAUGUCAAAUAUACAGAAUAUGCGAAUGUACCUUGGUCUUCUACACUUUAUUUUGAAAUUUAUACUUGUUCGGAUAAUAAGGAAGUAUCUAUUCGAGUGGUUUUUAAUGACGUACCAUUUGUGAUUCCAGGUUGUGGGAGUGAAUAUUGCGAGUGGAAAAAAUUCAAAUCUAUUUUUAGUGAUAAGAUUGGGUGUGAUUUUAGUGAGUUGUGUUCUUAUCCGACAAAUCCACCCAUUACAUUCUACUUUUAA